ACAGUCCAGUAUCACCGCCAGGAGCAUCGGCGCAGUUUAGCUAAUCGGUAGUGCAAACAUCGAAAACACUUCCCGGUCUGUUUUCACUCUCUGUUUAGACGCGUGAAAAAAGAAAGUCCACCGGUGCCUUCGUCAAGUCAUGCGUUUCAGACGACCGUAUUCUACCGCGUUCCGUUUCUUUUCUUCUUCUCCUUAUCUUUCCCAUUCCACUCAGCUUCUCGGCUAAACAUCUUCAUAUGGCGGUGAAAGAAUCUGCUGCGCUCGUAAGUCAUGCCUAGGCAGCAAACGGCUCAUACGUACACGUUUCCGCACACGCAUCGAGCGUGUGGGAAUUAUCACCUUUUUCCGGAGCGGAACGGCAAAGCUAGCCAACGGCCGCGCAACAAAGUGGUGCCGUAGUCUUGCGACCGUUCUGGAUCGGAUAGGUGUUACUGCUACCGGAAAGCAGCGGAAGCUGUCACAAUAGGUUUCACUCCUUUUGCAAUCGAAACAACACAUUUAAUUAAUUUCGUAGUGCAAUGAAUUGGUGGUCAGUGUUAUUAAGUGCUGGCGUACUGGCUGCAUGCUGCAGUUGUUACGAUGCACUGCAGCUAUCGAAUGUAACGAUAUCGGAAGAAAAAAAUGAGCUGGAUGUCGUGCAAACGGCGUCACGCAGUGGAAGAUUUUUUCCCUUCUACACGAUUGGCCGUAUUGCGAACGUUCCGUGCACGUCACCCUCGGGCCUAACGGGCACUUGUUUGAUUGCGGGCGAGUGCAAAGACAACGGUGGCUUAGCGUCUGGUUCGUGCAGCUCCCGUACCAACCAGGCCGUCUGCUGUGUGUACACUCAAUCCUGCGGAGGCUCGACAAACCUCAACAGUACCUACUUCACGAACGCUGGCUAUCCGGGACCUUAUGCUGGAGGUGGAACCUGUACAUUUACGAUCACACCGUCCAGUGGGAUCUGUCAGCUUCGGAUCGAUUUCCGUACGCUGACGCUCAGCCAACCGACUGGUGAUGGUUCCUGCAACACCGAUCGGCUAACGAUCGUCGGAUCGAGCCCGGCAGUGGUGCCGAUCUGUGGCGAAAACACGGGCCAACAUCUGUACGUGAACUUUGUCGGCAGUGGCCCGAUCUCGUUGCGAAUCGCCACCAACGCAGACGUUUCGUUUAAUCGCCUGUGGAACAUAGAGCUGUCGCAGAUAGCGUGUGCCAGCGCGGAACGUGCACCGGCCGGCUGUUUACAGUACUACACGGAAUCGUCCGGCGAGAUUAGCAGCCUUAAUUAUGGGCUGGGAGAAAAUCCUUUAACAAAUGCGGCCGGUGCACGGGGAAGUCGACAGCUCGCCAAUACCAACUAUGGCAUCUGUAUACGAACGGCCGCUGGUCAGUGCUCUGUUACCUACUCGCUGCCUCCAGAAGAUAGGUUCGCGUUUACGGUGACCGGUGAUGCUGUUGCUGUUGAUCCCGCGCUGCUCGGUAUGUCUAUGCUGAGUCUUUCCGGUGCGGCUUGUGGGACCGAUUUCGUCAUCAUACCGAACCCUACCGGCUUGGCGUCCGAUCGUUUCUGUGGUCUUGGUUUUCCGGGCGUAACGAGUAGUACACGACCGUUUGUGCUGUACACGGUGACCAACGGCAAUGAAACACCGGACGCCGCUAAUCGAGGAUUCCGAUUGCUGUACAAACAAAAUGCUUGUGCAGCAGCUUAAGAAGUGGAUGAUGGAAACUGAAAGAAGGAAUGCGUCGAAUGCUGUCGAUUAAAAUGUAACACAUACAAAGUGUGAUGAAUGCUGACUGAUGGUAACGAGAACUGUUUGUGUAAAUAGAUGGUAAUAAUUUAUUUAUAGCACGUUGCAGCUCAUCACUUGAAUAAAACGAGUGCGAUUGAGUUGUGUUGAGGAGUUAAAAUAAAUUUAUGAAAGUAAUGUGAA